UUACUGUAGUAGACUCAACUCCUCUAAUUUCAAUGUUCUUUCUUUCUUGUUUUUCUAUAAAUUAAGCACAAAGCGGACUAGCAUGUAUGCAACCAGUAAUAUCAUCAUCCUCAGAAUCAGAAGUGAUCGAGAGGUAUUAUUGUAGUGAUGAAGUACCUCAUCGUCAUCAUGCUAGUAAUGCUAGUAACUGUUGGCAAUCUUUGGGGUUUUGAUGGGGCUGGGGAGUGUGGAAGCAACCCGGAGGUUGUGGUAUACAAGCUUGCUCCAUGUGGACCAGCAGCACAAGAUCAGAGCGUCACGGUUUCUCCCAAGUGUUGCUCGUUGAUGAAACGCGUCGACAAGCGUUGUCUUUGUGCCAUUGUGCUCUCUAAAGAAGUUCAGAGUCAUGGCCUCAAGCCAGCAAUCGCAGUCACCAUACCUAAACGUUGUAAUGAUCCCAGACGUCCCAAGGGUUACAAGUGCGGAGCUUAUACUGUGCCUUGAUCGCUCACGAAGACCCAAGACGAUGGUGCCAUAUAUAGCUGUGGAAUUCUCAUGUUGCUUUCACAUCAUCUAAUGUUUAAAUAUAUUAGUAUUGAACCCUUUUAACUUACAGGUUUAAAGGAUAAAUAAAGUAGUUCAAUCCAUAUUAUUAUUACUGGUCUUCAUGCAUAUACUGUACGCAAUU